AAUUAUUAAUGCUUUACUGAGAAAGGAAAAAGCAGAUUGAGAAGAGAGAGAAAGUGGGAGAGAGAGAGAGAGACCCAAUCAAAUAGAAAUCCCUGUUCAUGGGGUUGUUUAUUAAAGAAAAAAAAACUCCGCAUGUAGAUAAAAGAUUACAGAGAUUUCCUUGAUUUGGUUUCAUUGGGGGCUCAUUGAUCAAACAUGUGCAUUGUUUCUGGUUCAAUGGAGGGAGAGAAGAAAUACAUUACAAGCGAAGAGCUUAAACAGCACAACAAGUCUGGGGACUUGUGGAUCUCAAUACAGGGAAAGGUGUACGAUGUUUCAGAUUGGGUGAAGGAGCAUCCGGGUGGGGAUACUCCUUUGCUGAAUCUGGCUGGCCAAGAUGUAACUGAUGCAUUUAUUGCUUAUCAUCCUGGCACUGCGUGGAAAUAUCUUGAUAAGCUUUUUACAGGGUAUUAUCUUGAAGAUUUCAAGGUCUCUGAGGUGUCCAAGGACUAUAGGAGGCUUUAUUCAGAAUUCGCCAAAUUGGGUUUGUUUGAAAAGAAAGGGCAUGUUGCUUUGUAUUCAUUGGCAAGCGUUGCAUUUUUGUUUUGCAUCGUUGUUUAUGGUGUUUUGUGGUGCCGGAGUUUCUGGGCUCACAUGGGUUCCGCUGCAUUGUUGGGAUUUCUUUGGAUUCAAAGUGCAUUUGUUGGUCAUGAUUCCGGGCACUACGAGGUAAUGUUGAGUCGUCGUUUUAACAAACUUGCUCAGUUUAUAUCUGGGAAUUGCUUGACAGGGAUAAGCAUUGCUUGGUGGAAAUGGACCCACAAUGCACACCACCUUGCCUGCAAUAGUCUUGAUUAUGAUCCCGAUCUUCAACAUAUACCAGUAUUUGCGGUAUCUACUUGUCUUUUCGAUUCCAUUAGAUCAUACUUUUAUGGAAGAAAGAUGAAUUUUGAUCCAUUGGCUAGGUUUCUUGUGAGUUAUCAACACUUGACAUUUUAUCCUGUGAUGUGUGUUGCGAGAGUAAAUCUGUAUCUACAGACAUUUUUGUUAUUGUUUUCAACGCGUAGAGUUCCAGAUAGGGCUCUCAACAUCAUGGGAAUUCUUGUCUUCUGGACUUGGUUUCCUCUUCUUGUUUCUUAUUUACCUGAUUGGCCAGAGAGAGUGAUUUUCGUGCUUACAUCCUUCACAGUUACUGCACUACAGCACAUUCAAUUUUGUUUGAAUCAUUUCUCAGCAAAUGUUUAUCUGGGGUCUCCAAAUGGGAAUGACUGGUUUGAGAAACAGACGAGUGGAACUUUGGAUAUUUCAUGCUCAUCUUGGAUGGAUUGGAUGUAUGGUGGUUUGCAAUUUCAGCUUGAGCAUCAUUUGUUUCCCAGGUUGCCAAGAUGCCAAUUGAGGAGGGUGUCUCCAUUGGUAAGGGAUCUAUGCAAGAAGCAUAAUUUGCCUUACAGGAGUUUGUCCUUCUGGGAGGCCAAUAAAUCCACAAUUAGGACCCUGAGGACUGCUGCCUUGCAGGCUAGAGACAUGACCAACCCUGUUCCAAAGAAUUUGGUGUGGGAAGCUGUUCAUACUCAUGGAUGAAGUUUUCUGCUUUGCUUGAGGUCUUUCUAAUUUGUUUGUCAAAAUUACUUGGCCUCUAUGUUUAUUUGUUUUCUGUUGGUACUUGAUUAAUUUUUUGUUUGUUCUCCUUUAUUGAAAGAUAUGGAAUUUCCCCCCAUUUGAAUCACUAGCAAUAUAUUAUGUUUUACAUUGUCCAA